GCGACCUGCUCGUGAACUCCGAUAAAUCAGUUGAGCAAACAACUAUCACUCAAUACCCAGUUUAGAGCUCCGCAGUUGAUCAGAGGUCACUCAUGAAACCAGACGAAAUACAAGUGAAGGAGGAAGAUUCGCAUCCACGGAAAUUCAUCAAUCCGAGCCCAAGAAUGCCAAACAUUAAAGUAUUUACCGGGACGUCGCAUCCAGAACUAGCAAAGAAAAUCGUCGGCAGACUUGGGAUCGACCUGGGUAAAGCUACGACGAAAACGUUCAGCAACAAGGAAACCAGCGUCGAGAUAGGAGUGUCUGUAAGAGGCGAAGAUGUAUACAUUGUUCAAAGUGGGUGUGGCGACAUCAACGAUAACCUCAUGGAGCUCUUUAUCAUGAUCAACGCCUGCAAAAUUGCGUCAGCCUCUAGAGUAACAGCAGUUAUACCGUGUUUCCCCUAUUCAAGGCAAGACAAGAAAGGAAAGAGUCGCGCCCCUAUCGCAGCUAAACUUCUUGCUAAUUUAAUAUCUGUAGCGGGAGCCGAUCACGUUAUCACCAUAGACUUGCACGCGUCACAAAUCCAGGGAUUCUUCAAUAUACCAGUAGAUAAUCUGUACGCGGAACCUGCGAUCACCAAAUGGAUUCAGGAGAACAUUCCGGAAUGGAGGAGUAGCGUUAUGGUGUCCCCGGACGCUGGGGGAGUAAAGAGGAUGACAGCGAUCGCUGACAGACUCGACAUCGACUUCGCGAUCAUCCACAAAGAGCGUCAGCGUGCGGUAGAAACAGACGAAUCCACCGUUCUAGUUGGGGACGUGAACAACAGGACGGCCAUCAUGGUCGACGACUUGGCAGAUACUUGCGACACUAUCGUCAAAGGAGCGCAGAAAUUGCGUGAAGCUGGUGCCAAUAAAGUGUACGCUAUUGUGACUCACGGUGUUCUAGCAGGAAAUGCCAUUGAGAAGAUAAACAAUUCUAGUUUGGAAGCUUUUGUCAUCACCAACACGAUUCCUCAGGAGAAGCUAAUGAAAAUUUGCCCUAAACUGCAAAUUAUAGACAUUUCAAUGAUGCUGGCGGAGGCUAUUAGAAGAACGCAUUACGCGGAAUCCGUUUCUUAUUUAUUCACAAACGCUCCCUACUGAACCUCU